CUUGAAUCCGGACGUGUGAGCAAAUGUCCAAAACCCCUCGGGGAAGCCCAAACCUCUCCGUCUCACGCUCCCGAGUUCCAUCCCCGCCGUAGCCAGCAACCACCGGUAGUCGCCGGCGGCGGCGCAUGGCCACCUCCACCUCCGGGGGAGGCGGGGCACGGCCGUGGCGUACCGCGCUUCUCACCCUCCGCGAUGAGUCAGUUGCCUCGCCCUCCCCUCCGGCCCUCCUCGCGCUCCUCCGCCGCCUCCUUCUGCCCCCCUCCUCGCCCUCCCUCGCGGCCUCCGCCGCCGCGCUCUCCCCUCACGAGGUGGGCUCGGAUGUGGCGUUCCUCGCGGACAAGGCCGCGGCGGUGGCUCCCUGUGCUGGCGCCGCCGACGCGCUGCGUGGCGUCUGCCACCUGAUUCGUGAGGUCAUGUGCAAAACAAACACGGAGAUUGACUCUUCUGGCUGGCUUGCAGUGUUAACGUUUCUUCAUGAGCUUGUAAAGUGUUCAGUUGAGGGUGCAUGCCUUAAGGGCCACUGUGACAGGACAUCUGCACUGGAUACACUAUCUGAUUGUUUGCAAAUUCUCAGGUUUUUGAGCAAGGAUCUUGGAAGAUGUGGUUCAUUAACUGAGAAUUCACAUGUACUCAGAGUUCUUAUCUUGAUCAUAUCAUGCUUGCAAGCUGAACUGAACAUGACAGAUAAAUCCAAUGGUUCUGGCAUUUCUUCCCACAUUUCUGUAUCAACGAAUAAUAAAAAUUAUAAUACCUGGGAUAUGGAAAUCUCUUCAUUUUCGAUGAUGGAGAAUAUACUAUGCAAGAUUGCAUCGAGUAUGUCAGAAGAUUUAUGGCAGUCUGUUGUUGAGGUCUUGAGAAAAGUUAUGGACUCUGUGUCAGCAAGGAACCUUAUUAUUGAGAGUAGUGUUAUGUCAAGAUUUUAUACUUCCUUUCUUCGUUGUCUGCAUUUCGUUCUUUCAGAACCAAAAGCUUCACUUUCAGGACAUGUAGCAGGUUUUGUGGCAAAUUUGCAAAUGUUUUUUGUGUAUGGGCUAAGGUCAUCUUCGCCAUCUGCAAUAACUCCGAAGGAAAACAAAACAGACUCACAAUCCAGAGCUUCUUGCCAUGGACGAUAUAAACCACCUCAUUUACGAAAAAAGGAUGGAAAAACAAAUGAUUCAUUGGAUGAUCGAAGUUCAGAUAGUGAAUCUUCUCGGUAUGAUUUAGGCUCAUCAGAUUCUGAUCUAAGCGGUACUGAUGGAUAUGCAAAAAAUGGAGACCGUUUCAGGAGUUCGAAAGCUAGACUAGCUGCCAUCCUUUGUAUACAGGAUCUCUGUCGUGCUGACCCAAAAUCACUUACUUCGCUGUGGCCAUUACUUUUGCCUGAGAGCGACGUUCUCCAACAAAGAAAAUAUCGAGCUACUCUGAUGACAUGCUUGAUUUUUGACCCUAUAAUAAAGGUACGUGUUGAGGCAGCGUCGACCAUUGCUGCCAUGCUGGAAGGGCAGGCCUUAGUUUUGACACAAGUUGCAGAGUACAAAGAAUCAUCAAAGCUUGGAUCUUUCACUACGCUAUCUUGCUCUCUUGGUCAAAUUCUGAUGCAGCUGCACACAGGUAUGAUGUUCUUGGUACAGCGUGAAACUCAAAGUACAUUGCUUGCAGCAGUGUUCAGAGUUCUCAUCCUUCUGAUAUCUGCUACACCGUACCCUCGAAUGCCGAAGGAGUUGUUGCCAACUGUCAUUACAGCCAUGUGCGGUAGAUUAUUAGACAGGAACUCGAAUAAAAAUGAACAUUAUGCUUUGCUGGUUAAUGUUUUAAGUUGCUUGGAGGCAGCAUUUGCAAAGGUGCCACCUUCUUCAGAUGUCUUUGGAGUUCUCAUUGAUCACUGUGCAGGGCCAUCACUUGCUCAGCAGAAGUCAAGUGUCGUAGUUAUUCUUCUUCAUUGUAUAGAAGAGGAAAUGCAUUUCAGUGUUAGGUGUGGAGCUCUCCAGGUGUUGAGAUCAGUGGUUCAUAAUUACCCAAGCUGUGCAAACAUCAUUUGGGAAAAAGUUCGAGACAUCAUCCUUGAUUUAUUGCAAACGGAGAGCUUUGAAGACCAAAAAUGUGAUGCUAACUUUGGUCCUCCUAAAGAAGAAUUGUCUACUAAAGGAAGAUGUCUUGUAGCUGGUAUUAAGGUAAUUGAUGAGUGUCUGCGUGUUUCAUCUGGAUUCAAGGGCGCGGAUGACCUCAAAGAGUGUAGAUUGCUGGAUAUUCAGCAAAUUUCAGACUGCACUGUAAAUAAAAUUAUUAAAUCUGCGCCUCACUUUGAAAUUGAAACCCCUGGACCAUCACAAAACUGCUCUUUGGACAUUACACUUGGAACCAACCGUUGGACUGAGGUGUUAGAAACUCAUCUCCCUCGGGGCUUAUCACAUGCCUCUGCUAUGGUCAGGACAGCAUCACUCACAUGUUUUGCUGGCAUGACCUCUGAUGUUUUUUUCUCCCUAUCAGUAAACAAGAGAGAUUAUGUGACCUCCUCAUCUGUUCAUGCAGCAUUGAGUGAUGCAGUUGCUACAGUGAGAUCAGCUGCAUGUCGAGCCAUUGGUAUUGUUUCAUGUUUCUCCCAAAUAUUGUCGAGUCCUAGCCUACCUGGCGAGUUCAUAAAAGCCAUUGACUUCAAUACACAAAAUUCAUCAACUCCAGUCCGUAUCACUGCCUCAUGGGCUUUGGCCAAUCUUUGUUCUUCUAUUCGUUUCAGAGCAUUGGAACUACAGACAGAUCCUACUGCAGAUCUACUUGAUAAAUCAACAAUUUCAUUGUUGGUUGAAAUUGCUUUGCGCCUAACCAAAGAUGGCGAAAAAGUAAAGUCAAAUGCCGUUAGAGCUCUUGGAUAUCUGUCAAGGUUUAUCAGAUUCAAUCAUCAUUGUGAUUCAGUCGAUGAUUCAAGGAAUUCAGUUUUCUAUGGAGAUCCUGUCUGUCUUCAAACAAUGGUACAGGCUUUGAUGUCUUCUGUGACUACUGGAAAUGUAAAGGUUCAGUGGAAUGUUUGUCAUGCUCUUAGUAACUUAUUCAUGAAUGACACCGUGAGACUUUCAGAGAUGCAGUGGGCAUCAAGUGUUUAUAGCAUACUUCUACUAUUACUCCGUGACUCAAACAAUUAUAAAAUAAGGAUGCAUGCGGCUGUUGCUUUAGCAGUGCCAGUCACAAGGCUUGAUUAUGGUAGCUCCUUCCCAGAUGUUGUCAGAGGCCUCACACAUGUUCUUGAGUCAUUAAGUUCAAACAGUUCAUCAUCGCCUUCAAAUUUCAAACACCGGGACAACCUUGAGAAACAGCUUACGUUUACUGCUCUGCAUUUGCUUGGUUUUGUUUCACCGAAGGAUGACCAAAGCCUGAAAGAUUUUCUUAUCAAGAAGGCAUCCUUUCUGGAAGACUGGCUGAAGGGUUUAUGCUCAGCAUUCAAUAGUGCCGAGGACCAGCCUCUGGCAAGCGAGACCAUAAAUGACGAGGAUGGUUUCAGCCCAAAUGUGUCACAGAAAGUUAUGUUAUCUUCUGCUGUAGUGUCCUUGCUCAAUGUAUAUACAAGUGGAAACCAGCAAGUUAUUGCUCAGAGAUUUGAGCAAUUGGCUAGAAGCACAGCGUGAGUGUCAAAAAUCAAUGGUGGUCUCCACACCCAUUAACGAGGAGCAAGAUAUUGGUGAUCCACCUUAGAACAGCCAACUCGCCUAUCAAUUGGUUCUUGAGGCUUCCAUAAAGCGAGGCAACCUGACCUGUACGUCGAUACAUUCCAUGAAGUCGACGAAGCUGCUGAGUUGAGCGAUUUCAGAUCAUGGGCAGCUCCUGGCAGCUGGCCAAGUAGUCGGUCAAUGCAGAAUUGCUUUUGCGUGUUGUAUUCUAUUGUAAAAAUAGUUGUUGAAUUUCUUCCAGGUUUGGCUAUGUUGUACAUUGUGUUUACGUAUGAUCAUUAGUGUGCAUAUACGUAGCAGACAUAUACUGAAGGAUUCUUCUGCUGAUGUUGUCCAAGGCCAGAGCUAGAUCAGUACUACAGACUCGUAUCUUUAGUUCGAUAUAAGCCGCAACAUUACGGAUU